CUGGGCUGGAGGGGCGGCGGGCGGGCGGGCCUGUCGGCGGCUCCUGGGCUGCCUCGCUGCCCCGAGAAGGCCCGUCCGCCGAGGCGGCGCGAAGCUGCGCUCCGCCGCCGCCCUUUCCGCCCUCGGAGCUUCCCGGGAUACCUCCGAUUUCCCUGGAGUCGCGGGCCCCGGGGCGCGCUCGGCCCUCCUCUUCGGCCCGCGCCGCAGCGGCCGCCGGCCGGGCCCGCACCCCGCGGGGGCGCCGCGUCCCUCCCCCCAGUGCCCGCGGCCGGAGCGGCGCAGGUGUUCCGCGGCGGCAGGCGCGGCCCCGGCCCGGCCCCGGGCGCCCUGAAGCGUCACGCGUGUGAGUCUGGUAUAAUUUGGCAUCCUGAGAGUCUGUCUUAGCAAGAAGGAAGUGGAAAAUACCCUUGAAAAGAAAACUAAGACAAAAUAGGAAGCCGGACUUACUUUUACAUGGUUAACUGCACAUUUACCAAUAUGGACACCUUUCCCCCCAUUUUUCCUCCUGGUGGAGACAGUGAGCUGACAGGUUCUCAAUCCGAGUUCCAAAAAAUGUUAAUUGAUGAAAGGCUACGAUGUGAACAUCAUAAAUCUAACUAUCAGACUCUUAAAGCUGAACACACAAGAUUGCAAGAUGAGUACAUAAAGUCACAAAAUGAACUCAAGCGCCUGUUAAAUGAAAAGCAAACUCACCAGGAAAAAUUUCAGCUGCUGCUCCAAGAGCUAAGAGGGGAAUUAGUAGAGAAAACUAAAGACUUAGAAGAAAUGAAACUGCAGGUAUUAACGCCACAAAAGUUGGAAUUGUUACGAGCCCAAAUACAACAAGAGUUAGAAACUCCAAUGAGAGAACGCUUUAGGAAUCUGGAUGAAGAAGUGGAAAAGUAUAGAUCUGAAUAUAAUAAGCUUCGCUAUGAACAUACAUUUCUCAAGUCAGAAUUUGAACACCAGAAAGAAGAACAUGCACGUAUCUUAGAAGAAGAAAAAAUAAAAUAUGAAUCAGAGAUUGCAAGACUGGAGAAAGAUAAAGAAGAAAUACAUAAUCAGCUGCUUAGUGUUGAUCCCACAAAAGACAGCAAACGAAUGGAGCAACUUGUUCGAGAGAAAGUCCAUUUGUCUCAGAAAUUAAAAGGUUUAGAGGCUGAAGUAGCAGAAUUAAGGGCUGAAAAAGAGAAUUCUGGUGCUCAGGUAGAAAAUGUCCAAAGAAUUCAGGUGCGGCAGUUGGCUGAGAUGCAGGCUACAGUCAGAUCCCUGGAGGCUGAAAAACAGUCAGCUAAACUACAGGCUGAACGCUUGGAAAAAGAGCUACAAUCAAGCAGUGAACAAAAUACUGUUCUAAUCAGUAAAUUGCAUAAAGCUGAACGGGAAAUAAAUACGUUGACCAGUAACGUGAAAGAACUUAAACAUUCAAACAAACUAGAAAUAACAGACAUCAAACUGGAGGCAGCAAGAGCUAAGAGUGAGCUAGAAAGAGAAAGAAAUAAGAUUCAAAGUGAACUGGAUGGAUUACAGUCAGACAAUGAAAUUCUCAAGUCAGCUGUUGAACACCACAAAGCUCUCCUAGUAGAAAAAGAUCGUGAAUUAAUACGUAAGGUACAAGCUGCCAAGGAAGAAGGUUAUCAAAAACUUGUGGUAUUACAAGAUGAAAAGAUAGAACUUGAGAACAGAUUAGCGGAUUUAGAGAAAAUGAAAGUGGAACGUGAUGUCUGGAGGCAAUCUGAAAAGGAACAGUGUGAAGAGAAAUUGCGGGCUUCACAGAUGGCAGAAGAGUUGGCCAGAAGGGAACUUCAGAGUAUUAGGUUAAAACUUCAACAACAAAUGGUGAAUAUUGAAAAUGCAGAGAAAGAAAAAAAUGAAAAUUCUGACCUGAAACAGCAAAUCAGUAGUUUGCAGAUCCAAGUGACUUCACUUGCACAGUCAGAGAAUGAGUUGCUGAAUUCGAACCAAAUACUGAAGGAAAUGGUGGAGAGGUUAAAACAAGAAUGCCGAAAUUUCAGAAGCCAAGCUGAAAAAGCACAAGUAGAAGUUGAAAGGACUUUGGAAGAGAAACAGAUACAGUGGUUGGAAGAAAAGCAUAAGCUUCAGGAACGUAUCACUGACAGAGAAGAAAAGUAUAAUCAAGCUAAAGAAAAACUACAGCGAGCUGCAAUUGCUCAGAAAAAGAGAAAAUCUCUUCAUGAAAACAAAUUGAAGAGACUACAGGAGAAAGUAGAAAUCUUAGAGGCAAAGAGAGAAGAAUUAGAAACAGAAAAUCAGGUGUUAAAUAGACAAAAUGUUCCAUUUGAAGACUAUACAAGGCUUCAAAAAAGACUGAGGGACAUACAGAGAAGACAUAAUGAAUUUCGAAGUUUAAUUUUGGUUCCUAACAUACCUCCAGCAGCAUCCAUCAAUCCUGUUAGUUUUCAGUCAUCAGGCACAGUUCCAGGCAUGGACCUCUCCUUUCCUGCUCAUAUGCAGGAGGAACAGCAUCAAAGGGAACUCUCUCUACUUCGCAAAAGACUAGAAGAACUAGAAACAACACAAAGGAAACAACUAGAGGAACUUGGAUCUACGGGGGAAUGAUGUUCUUGGAGAAAAAGCAGAUCAAAAGGGAUGAAAUCAGUGUGACUCAAUAAAGCUUGAAGUUUUAACGUAUGUGGCAUUUAGAUACUGUAUUACUGUGUGCCUCAAGAAAAGGUACUGGCUACAUGCUCUGUUGCAUCAGUGUCAGGAUUGUAGGAUUAUACUAAUGACAGGUCAAGCGUUAAAACAGCUCCAGAAAUAUUUAGGAUACUUAUUGGCAACCCUUUGAGAAUGUUAAAAAAAAAAAAAAAGAAAGAAAGAAAGAAAGAAAAGAAAAAGAAUGAACUGGGGAAUCAGGUUUUUAAAUUAUUUUAUUAAUUUAGCUUUGAAAUUUUUUGGUAUUUUGCCUGAAAUAUGCCCAUGUUGAAUUCCUUCUGCCUUUUUGAGGUGCUUGUUAGUAACAGGAUCAGUAAACAUUUUCCAGUUUACAAGAGUUCUAAACCUCUAGUUCUUGAAAAAAAAAAUACAAUUUAAAGGUCAGCAUUAAAAAAUAAAACUUGAAGAUCUCUAAAUAUUACAAAAUGCUACCAUUCUAAAAGCUGUGUGCACAUAAUUAAAGAGCUUAAUAAAUAUUUUUCUAUA